CCCUCAUUCUUCCACUUCUCUGCUACCUGUAAACCAUGUUCUUGACGCGUUCCGAGUACGAUCGUGGUGUCAACACAUUCUCCCCAGAAGGUCGACUGUUCCAAGUCGAAUAUGCUAUCGAAGCUAUCAAGCUCGGAUCGACAACAGUUGGCGUACGCACUCCCGACGGCGUAGUCCUCGCAGUUGAGAAGCGCGUCCAAUCUCCACUCCUAGAAUCAAGCUCCAUAGAAAAGAUUAUGGAAAUCGAUACCCAUCUAGGAUGCGCAAUGUCAGGCCUCACAGCUGACGCUCGCACAAUGAUUGACCACGCACGCGUCACCGCCCAGAACCACGCUUUUACUUAUGACGAGAAGAUUAAAGUGGAGAGUGUCACUCAGGCUGUGUGUGAUCUGGCAUUGCGAUUUGGUGAGAGUGUGCACGACGAAGAGGCGAUGAUGAGUCGGCCGUUUGGUGUUGCGUUGCUUGUUGCUGGUGUCGACGAACUGGGACCACAACUAUACCACACGGAUCCCUCGGGCACCUUCAUGCGGUAUAAUGCAAAAGCCAUAGGGUCAGGCUCAGAAGCAGCACAAAGCGAGCUACAAGACAAGUGGCAUAAGCAAAUGACGUUGCUUGAGGCACAAAAACUGACGCUGCGAGUUCUAAAGCAAGUCAUGGAGGAGAAACUAGACCACCACAACGUCCAGUUGGCACAGGUCACGCCACAGAAAGGAUUUGCGAUACUAGAUGAAGUACAACUGAAAGAAAUUAUUGACGCCAUGUAAUGUUUCAGGUAGAUGACGGUAUUAAUCAAACAGCCUCGAGAUGUGUCUUUGCUAAC